GGUUUUCUUACUUCUGCUCUGUGCUAUGGGCAGGUCUGGUCAGUAAUGCCCACAUCACUUGCCUACUGUGACCAGGGGCGCACUGACAACUCAUGGGGCCCCCGGGCAAUAGGGGAUCAUGGGGCCCCUGUGUCCUUGCCCAAACUCAAAAAAAGCCUAUGAAAAAGGUACCGGGGCAUCUAAUGGGGCCCCCUACUGACCCCGGGCCCUCGGGCAGUGCCCGAGUUUCCAAAUGGUCAGUCCGCCCCUGGCUG